AUGAAACAAGGUCUCAUAUCCGUCUCAUUCCUACUUUUCCUCUUCUACCACUGCACUACCACUUUAGCUGCCGAGUCUCCGGUCCAAGCUCCCUCACCCGGACCAACCGAUGUCUCCAAAGUCCUCGAAAAAGCAGGCGGCUUCAGCGUCUUCAUCCGCCUCCUGAAGAGCACAUCCGUUAGCAUUCAGAUUGAAAAUCAGCUCAACGUCUCCAACACCUUGACCAUCUUCGCCCCAACAAACGGCGCAUUCUCCGCCCUCAAACCCGGCACUCUCAACUCCCUCUCGACCGAGCAAAAAGUCCAGCUCGUUCAAUACCACAUUCUCCCUUCAUCCGUGUCGCUUCAAAAUUUCCAAACUCUAAGCAACCCUGUGAGGACUCAAGCCAGCAAUACCUAUGACUUCCCACUUAACAUUACAGUUGAAGGCAAUUGGGUAAACAUAUCAACUGGAAUAGUGAACACCACAAUUUCUGCGACAGUUUACGAGGAUAAUCAGCUUGCCAUUUACAAGGUUGAUAAGGUUCUUCUUCCUCUUGGCAUUUUCGCUCCGAGGCCAAAGCCAUUGGUACCUGCACCAGCACCAGUCAAGCCUUCGAAGGAGUCGUCUUAUUCGACAUUGAACAGCCCGGUUGCUGCGUUGGAUGCGUCUAGCGCGCUUAAUCUAAUGCCCGCGUUAGCAAGUUUUGGAGUUCUUAUGGUUGCAACAAGUCUUUAUCUGGUGUCGAGUUGA